AUGAAAGCCGUGUCCGUGUUCUUAUACCUGCUAUGCCUGGUAUCUCCGCCCGUCGCGGCUGAUUCGGAUUCCAAUACCAACUGUACCUCCAGCACAACAAUAACCUCGCAGGCCGAUGCCGAUAACCGUCUCUCCUCCUGCUCCACCAUCCAUGGCACCUUGACCAUCUCCCCGUCCGUUACCGGCACCAUCACCCUCAAACAGCUUGAGACGCUUAACGCAGGUCUAACCAUUCAAAAUACCUCCGCGCUGACGGCUUUCUCCGCGGCGAACCUCGAAACCCUCAACGGACAGUUUUCCAUCAAGAAUAAUGCUCAGUUGAGCACCUUGACCUUUUCCAAUUUGCAAACGGUCAGCGGAGAGCUGGAUGUCGAGGAAAACUCCCAGCUCAGAGAUUUGGUGUUGGAUGAUUUGCAGUAUGUGAACGGAGCGUUGAUCCUGAGUGGGAAAUUUGAUCAGAUAUCAUUUAGCGAUCUCAAGCAUGUCAAUGGCAAGACGAAUAUCCGGUCGCGCGGUGGAUCAUUUCGCUGCUCGAGUUUGGCUUCCCUCCGGAGUGAGGAUGGUGACGACGAUGACGAUGACGACCACAACAAUAACAGCAACAGCAAUGGCGUGUUCAGGGGAUCUUAUAGCUGCUCCGACGGCUCCAGCAGCGGGCUAACUUCGGGAGCCAAAGCGGGCAUUGCGAUCGGCGUGAUCGUGCUUGUUCUGCUGAUUUUCCUCCUAGUGUGGGUAUUGAUGCGUCGGAACCGAUCAAGGCGCAAACGACGUAACGCGGCCCAAGACGAGGGCAAAUCUGGAUACACGGCUGUUGGAGUAGGGUUGUCGCAUGAUCGCAGGAUCUCAAAUAUGGAGGAGAAACUGAAACCUCGAGUGUCGGAACCGCAUGAGCCUGAACAGACGAUCAACCUGAAUAACAUCCCACGGAAACCACUCUCGCCGCCUCCACCAUCGUUAUCGACCGACGCACGUCGCACACUUUCAACAAUCUCGCCGUCUUCUCCCCCGGUACCGGCUACUUUGAUUCCCGGCACAGAAAGCUCGUCCAGCUCUGUUCCGACGUCUGAUGACCAAAACGCAUUGUUCCUGCAUGCCAUCCCCCGACGGAGGCCAUCUGAAACGGACGUCCCGUUAUUGGAUAGUGGGAACGUGUAUGAAGUACCGGCCAGUCCGGUCGCGCAUAGAGGAUUGUAUGAGUUGGACGCUGGGCCUGUGCGAGGGACGCACCAGCAACCAAUCAACCACGAGUAA